GACCAUUUCUAGAGACAUUAAGUCUGAAAUUCUAGAAAAACUUGCUGAGGCAAUAUAUUCAUACAAAGCCUAUCCUGGGAAUGAGGAAUUUGAAAGUGUAGCGAUUGCUCUUGUUGAAAAACACCCUUGUCUAAAAGAGCCAGGCUCCGCAUCUGGGUGGUAUGGGUGGAAACUAAGUCUAAAAUUUAAGAUGGGGAACUAUAGACAAAAGUUAAGGGAUGCAGGUUGUCAAGAACUGAAAGUGAAUUCAGAGAAGAGAGGUCCUGGCGAGGCCAGAGGAAAGUGAAACCAAGUGAAGAAGCCUAGACGGUCUGAAACAAACUUUCUUCCAGAUCUCCCACAGGGAAAAGACCGGAAAAGUCUGGAAGAGGAACGAGAGCAAAUCGUUCAAGAAAUGAAGAAAAGGAACCCUGACUUUGCUUUUGUAGAUGCAAGAAUGAGCAGCACAUAUUCUUUGAGAAGACAGGAAAUUGUUGAAGAUGAGCCUCCAGUGUCGGAAGUGAAAGUCAGAUGGCCGGCACUUUUCACUGAGAGACAGAUCAGCAUGGAAUUCACCAGGCUUGUGUCGAUGGACCUUAGCAAGUCCUUUUAUGGGGGUCUUGACUCCCAUCUCCUGAAGCUUCUUCAGUUGUACCGGUCAAAACGUUUUGAAGGGAUGACAGAAAUGACUGCCAUACUGGAGAGCCUUGACAAGGAUGCAUCAAACCAAAGGAAGAGGGCAGCGGUGCUGCAGGCUCUGCCUUGGUACAUGAGAGAGAAUCCUGCUAAAUUCAUGAAGAUAUGUGAGCCCACUAAUUGUGAGGAGGAUGUCAUCAAAAGAAUGACUAUUGGAAUCCUUGCCAUUGUAGAGGAUGUGAAGGAGCCACUCCCAGUGAUCUACAGUGAUGUGGCCCUGGUGAUCGAAGAGCAAGUUGUCCUUCGUAAUCUUGGUGAUGUACCAAAUGCUUUUAUGAACUUGAUGGGGCUGCUCUAUGUUUUGAACAUGAACUACCCCAAAGAACUCAAAUAUACCUUUGAGGUGAUUCAGCGUCUGUUCAUGGGCAUUGGAGUAGAUUCCUGCACUGCAAGAGUCCACACACUGAAGAAUAAAUUACUGAGUUAA